CCUAGUUUGUCGUGUGCCACUUCAUGUCUAAAAUUAGCACCUGUCGGAAAAUACGCCCAAACAGAAACUACAAUGAGACGCUGACAUGGCCGUGGUAUACUCUGAAUGAUGCCCUCAGUGCAAGCUGAAGUAUGGAAGAAAGCAAGGAACCGGACUGUGAGACGGAAGAGCGGGAGACUCAACUGCGGCUGCAACAACUGAUGGAGAUGAGUGACACUUCUGCUCGUGACACGUGGGAUCCCAGCGUGACCGUAGUAUUUAGUGAAAGAAAAGGCACCAAACUGAUGACCUUAAGUGAAGAUUUUCAGGCAGUACAGAUUUCCCUGGAUGAAUUUGGAAUGAAACAGAUAAGAGAUCGAAGAAAGACAACAGCCGAUCAAACUGUCAUCACGCUAGCGUGGGAGGAACAUCCACAAGAUGAUGCCUGUACCUACACUGCUGAGAUAUGUCUUCGCGAAGAACGGGAAGAUUCUUUCAUCGACGUUAUCCUCGGGAUGUGUGAAAACAGAUUCGCGUCGCUAAGACGACUUGCGGCGACAUUAUUGAAAGAAUGUCAAGUUAAAAUAACUCGAGUACAAAGUCAACCAUUUGCUCUAGAACUCCUUCAUCGCAGUUCUGGCGGUUUUGACAACUUAGCAUCUCGUGUUGGUGAGCUGGAAAAUAUCUUGAAGUGUGCGUUUUCAGAGUCCACAAACACAAAUAUUUCACUUGAUCUUACUCUGCAUGUACAGGACCAAGAGCAGGAUUUCGUAGCUGAAGAUAUGGAAUUUACCAUGACCAUAUAUGGAUCGGAGACUGAGAGUGAAGAUGUGCCUGUCAUGAUUGUGCGAGAGGGGGACACAAGUUCCAAAUCGGGAGGGUCACAGAAUCUGGACACUUCACACAACGAUUCUGAGAUUGAUGUUCGUUUCGGCUUAUUGGAGGAAAAUAUACAUCGUCAAAAGAUCGAUGUUAGAAAACGGUUUGAUGAGCAGAAGGCAUUCAACGAGGAGCUAAGGCACUCAGUCGAGCAGCUGGCUCACUCUGUUCAUCAGUUGGUCGACAAAACUCACAAUGGAAGGAGUGCUGGUAUCUCUGAUGAAACUAGAGGAUGCCAGCAUGAUACGCUGGUUUCUCUCCAUGGCACUACCGGGCACACGGCAGAAACUGGUAAUGAUAGCAUCACGAACUUAGGCUUUGAGCAACAGGAAGUGGACACAGGGUCUGAAGAAGAGCAAAUAAUGCCCGGUUCGUUUGAAGGAAAGUCAGGGAUGGAGCAAUCCCAACGGGAGAACUCUUUUACCACCCCAUCCACGACGUCGGAAGUGUCUCAUAAUGAUAACUGCUUUUCUGACGAUGAAGAACCUGCUAACUAUUCCUCCACUGAGGAGAUGAAAGAUACGUAUCCCGAACACCAGUCUGUCUUCAAAUCAACGCUGUCCGGGGAGGAUGCUAGAAAAGACCAUUCACCAUCCGUCACUACAAGAAAUGAAACUUGCCUAGAACUGGACAGUCGCUCCGAAGAUGAUCCUCCUGGUUUACCCGUGGAGACUUUGCAUUCAUCGGUACUAGAUGGCAGCACCGGCGGUAAGGCACGAAGUUUCCUCAGUCGCUAUGGUGUCCAAGGAACUUCAGCUGGGGUUCAGAGAUUGGUAGCCACCGUGGAAUCUGCAAUGAAGGAUGAUGUUCCUAUGCCUCCAACUGCCAGGGGCCUCCAUACAAUCUUGUGUCUGGACACGUCGAGCACAAUGAGCGAGCGAGGAAUUAAAAAGAUGAAGGAAACCGCAUAUAGUUUUAUAGACGGAGUUGAAGAUGCUGCUGCUGAGUAUGAGAUGGAGGAGAACGUUGCCAUCGUGUCCUGUGGAGGCCCCGCCCGCAUCGUUCAUCACCUUAGUAAUGACUACUCAAGUCUCAGGGCUGUUAUAGAGAACUUACACAUUGGUGGACGCUCUUGGAUGUUCGAAACACUUCUAGUCUGCCUUUGUGCCAUACUGGGAAGAGGUGGUGAUCUUGACAUAAAGGGUGUUCAUCGAGUUCAACCCAGAGUAAUCGUCAUUACGGAUGGAAGUACUGCUGAUGAACUUGGAAGUACUGAUCACGUUGGGGAUAUGGAGAGUGAAGAACGUCGGGUUGUCAGACUGAUGGAAGAAUUCGGUGAAAGGAAAAGUGAGACCGCAUUCCCCAAUCCGUUUGUGUGGGUUCCUAUUGGCAACACAAACAGGGAUUUUCUGGAGACUUUGGGAAGCAUGGAUAACGGCGUGCUUGUAGAACGUGAAGAUGUUGGUGAUCUUUGCAAGUAUCAGCGUAUUCAGAUUCUUAUUGGACAAUCUUAUGCGGUCAUCAAGAAAAAGAUUAUAUCUGAGGAGGAAACCGAAGUUGAUUCUGAUGACAUUGUUGCCGUAGUAAACGGAAUUGACAAACAUUUGGACACUGAUGACAAGGAAACUGUUGUUACUGCAAUUGAAGAAAAGAUCGAACAGAGACUUGCCAGUCAUGCCUUUUCUACGGAGAUUCUUACCCAAAAUUUUCGAAACGUGGUGGAAUUCAAAGAUGAGAGCCUGCCCCGGCUUGGGUCUCGAGUUGUCCGUGGUCCACAGUGGAAAUGGGGAAACCAGGACUCACAGGGUCCAGGGACAGUCAUCAAUCACACUGAAGGAGACGACGAUGACAAAAAGCUGCUAUGGGUUGCAUGGGACAAUGGCGAGUGUCAGCAAUAUCGGUAUGGUUAUCAGAACGCAAGGGAUGUGAUCGUAGUGCACGACCAACCAAGGAUAACUCCAUCGGAACUGGUGAUAGAGAUCGGCUGUGAGGUGACACGAGGUUCGGACUGGAAGGACAAAUAUUUGGACCAGGAUGGAGGCAAAGGGGGCAUAGGGGUUGUCAUCCGCAAAAACAACCGGGGCAAAGUAAAGGUCCGAUGGAAUCGAAACGGUCACAUCAACGAAUACAGAUUUGGGAAGGGUGACAAGUUGGAUUUGUCUAUCAGAGAUCCUGCCGAGUGUUUGAUGGAGCUUACUCAGACUGAAAUGAAUUCCUUUGAAACUGAUGCCGCUCCUGGACAAGCGUUACCAGAUGACGCUGCUGCAGAAGCACCAGGUGUAGGACAGUGGGCGUGGCAGUGGGAGGCUGGGUCAGAUGAAUGGCGGUUGUAUGGAGACCGGGAGAUGCACAAACUGGAGAAGGAAUACCUGAGACGCCCCACAGGAUCGUGUGUGAUACAGAGAGACAACACAAGUUUUAGAGUACUCUUCAAGGACUGGCACGAAAAGAGAAUUGAUGGUACCUCGAAGCGAAGAGUAAGAAGAAUACGUGUAAAUCAGAAGGACUAGAGAUGUGCAAAUGUUACGGCUUCACUCCCUGGACUCAAGGAUAUAUUUCAAUGUUUCUAGUUCAGUAUUUUCAUUAAAAAUACAAACUUGUGAGAUGAUGAACAUGUCAAAAUUUAAAUCGACACGAUGCCAUGAAUAUAAGCACGAAAACUUUAAGAAUUAAAAAGGUUAAGACGAUGAUCUCUGAAAUGAUGGUAUAUUUGGUCUUGACAAAAUGGUCAUGCUGUCUUGUGAACUGGUACAUAAACAGUUAAGAACUCAUUAAGAUAUUUGGCGUUAUAAUAUUGAUUCCAAAAUCUAUUCAGAUAUAAAGUUUAAAUCAUGUAUUGAUAUGAUAGUUUACCAACGCAUGCACUGAUGAUGUGCAAUGUGUAUGCCAGACAGGUAUACAGGUGUAAUUCCCAGGCGAGGUCUGCUUAGUAGUCGUUAGUAAUACAGUACGUGAACUACAUGAACAUUUUACUAAGGUUUUAUGAUUACGAAGAUGACAUUUAAUUUCGAAUCCGUCACUAAAGAAAUCAGUAAGGAUAAAGAAACUACUUGUUUAUUCCAUGCUUCUUGAAAGUCAUAACACUUGCAAGGCUUGCGUUGUUAGUUAUCUUCUAAAACAUUUAUAAGGGCCAUUAUGAUCAAGGUUCCAAUCUCGGUCCCCCUGGUUAUAUUUCUACACCUGUCUAAACCAUGGACCAUACCAGUGGGUUUCACCGAAGUUGUAAACCUAUGAAACCUUCAUAACUUCGGCUGUCCUUCACAUCAUGUUGUCACUCAGUAAUAUAAGUGGAAUACUGUUUACAACAGCGCUAAACCCCAUUCACUCACUAGUUCUUCACUGUCACUAUCUUAUCAUUGGUGUUCUUACAUGAAGUAUUUCUGGUUCGUUCCUACAUGCUAAAUGUUUAUAGAACUGUCAUAGGAAAGCCGGUAUUUUUCAAUUUAUGUAUAAUUUUAACUUGCAUAUGCACGUAUUAUUUUGUUUGGUAUGAGAGAUGUUCAUAGAGAAUAAAUAUUGGCUUACU